AUGUCCGAGUCCGAAGGUGAGCGCCGCGAGCUCGCGGCUCGAUCUGGCCCCGGCGUCGUGCUCAAGGUCAUCCUCGCCCUCGCCAUCGCUGGGGCCGCAUUGAUCGCAUACAUCUCCACCGGAGAACGCAGCUUCUCAAUGAAAGCACUGAGCGCGUACGACGGCAGUAAUGAGGCGCUGCCCGUGUACAUCUCAAUCAACGGGGUGGUGUACGACGUAUCCGCCAAUCGCAGGGUGUACGGGAAAGGCGGGAGCUACAAUAUGAUGGCCGGCCGCGAUGCUUCGCGCUCGUUCAUCACGGGCUGCUUCGAGACCCACCUGACCCACGACCUGCGCGGGAUGACCGACAAGGAGCUCGAAUCGCUCGAGACAUGGAAGAACUUCUUCAAGGACAGCCCCAAGUACCCGCGCGUCGGCGUCGCCAAGCUCCCGCCCAUUGAUCCGAACUCGGCCAUUCCCGAGCCGUGUGCAGACCCCAAGUCCGCGCACAAGUGA